GUGUAAGUGUUGCUUUUACUUAUUUACUUAUUUAUUUACACGCCAUAGUAAAUUUAAACUGAAGUUCCGCGUCGCCUGUUGCUUUGAUAUUUUCGUACUAGUACAGUGAACGCUGAUUUAACCAAGAAUUGCUAAUUUUCGCAUAUUAUAAACAUAUAUUUUAAGCAAUGUGUCAAAAAGAGGCAAAAUUCUGUGAGAAUAAGUAAAAACAACAACAAAGAGGCCUGGAAACAGGGUCACUGGUCGGUGUUUGAUUCGUAUUAUUUGUAAAGUUUUUCACUUGAGAUAAGAUUACGGACUUAAUUGCGUUAAUAAAAAUGUUCGUGCUGGAUUUAACGCCUUUAAUCCGUCGGCAGUGAACUUUUUAAAAUGCUUAAAGAAAAUUUCAAAAAUAUGCCAAAUUUUCCAUUUGAUUUUCUCGUUAAAAACUGCGCUAAACUGAACCAUAUAACUACUAUUGGCAAGUUGCUCAUUUGUUCUUUCAUACUUAACUACAUCCUUACCGCAUGUCAAAAAGCAACGCCCCUUCCGUCCCCUACAAUGCCCUUAGAUUCAAUUAUUCUAUGAUUUAAAAAAUGUUUAAAAUUUCUGACUACAAUACAAAAAAAUCGAUAGAUUUUUAAAAAUUGUUUUAACUUGCGCGACACAUAAAUUCUUUGCUUGUUGUAGUGAAUGCAUGUGACGUGAAGAUCGAACCAAUCGGUUGUUAUCAUGACAUGACAGACAUUUCAUCCCGAAGUUUACCGGAACAAUUGAUUAACGAAAGAGACCCAACCAGCAAUGUUUAUAACUCACAUAACCAGUUAGAUUGGAAGGAUCAAUCGUACAUUCCUGGUUUCGUAUGCAGGUGCGCGAAGAAGGCGUUUGCACGUGGGUUUAAAGUCAUUGGUAUUCAGAAUUUCGCAGAAUGCUGGUCCGGGCCUACAGGUGAAUUGACGUACAGCAAGCACGGGGAUGCUGGAUCUUGUGUGGAUCGAAAAUAUCACAAAAUAAGCCAUUCAAAGAAAUGUGUCGUAGGAGCAGGAGAGGCGUCAACAAAUUUUGUAUACAGGAUCGCUCCAACAGCAUGCAGUUUGUACUACGAACCAGUUGGUUGUUACCAAGACGACCUAGUGAAACCCAGACCUCUCCCUGAGAUGUUACAAACAGAGCGAGAUUACACUGAUACGGAAAAAUGGAACAAGAUUUUGAUCAAUUGGGAGAACUGGGGUCAAUAUAGCCCUGAGAUGAUUUGCAGGUGUGCUUACAAAGCGCGUAUGGAGGGGAAAGAUUAUUUCGGAAUACAAUUUUGGGGAGAAUGUUGGGCCGGAGAUAAAGAAACGUCAAAUUACAGUAAGAUUGGAAAGUCAGAAAAAUGUCACGGCACCGAUUUUCAGAAAUGUCGAUGUAAUUCGUACCACUGUGUUGGCGCAGCAUACACGAAUUAUGUUUACAAGCUGAUCUCGGGUCCAGUUAUUGUUGAUUAAACUGAAGUGAAGGACACCAGUAAUAAUUAAUUAGGGUAGCUAAUUACCUGGUACUCUAAUAAAGUUAUUUGUAAAUUACCUUUUUAUGUUUGUAAAGAUAAAUAGAUGAUAGAUGAUAUAUACAAACAUAUAAAUAACCGCGUGUAGUCUUUUGUCUGGCGCAAGAACGAAGUGAUAUGAUCUACCAUAUCAAACGGUUUUGUUGUUU